CCUAACCGCCAAAAACCCUCGGGUACCAUCUUUCAAAUGGGUUACGCUUCGUUUCUUGCUUAGGUCAGGCUGUUAGGCCUUUAAUCUGCGAAAUUAUCGGCCCUUUAUACCCAUCUUUAUCUCCUCAAGGCCUAUUCUGAUUCUGAUUUGCCCAGCACUCGUCCGCUCGCUUUCAGUUGAUCGCCAUGUCUAAGAGGGUUUGUAAGUUCUACGCCCGUGGAAAAUGUUUCAGAGGGGAGCAAUGUGAUUAUUCUCAUGACAAACAGGAUACUCCAGUUGAUAUUUGCGCAUUCUAUCAGAAAGGACACUGCUCUUAUGGUAGUCGAUGUAGAUAUAAACAUGUCAAAGCUUCUCAGGCAAGUUCUGCAUCAUCUUCAGAAAAUGGUCGACAGUCUAUGUCUUCAAAGUCUGUUAUAGAUCAUACUACUAAAGGAAAAUCUAGGUGGAUUCCCAAGAGUGCAAAUUCUGCAAGUGUUGGUCGUCAUAAGCAUCCAAAUUCUCCAAAGAAUGGUGAUGUUGGUGAAUCUAGUAAUGCUGUACAUGCAAAGCAUAACUUUUGUACAUAUGCUGCAGCCAACUGCCCCUUAGGGAAAAAAUGUCUACACAUUCAUGGUGACCAGUGUCUGUAUUGUAGAAAGUAUUGCUUGCAUCCUACUGAUCAAAGGGAGAGAGACAAUCAUUUGAAUUCUUGUGAGAAAAAAGAAAAAUACAAUCAGGCAUUGAAAGAUAGUCAAGAUAUAGAGUGCAAUAUUUGCUUGGAGCGUGUUCUUUCAAAGCCUAAAGCAUCUGAAUGUAAGUUUGGGAUGCUUCCUGAAUGUGACCAUGCGUUCUGCUUAUCCUGUAUCAGGAAUUGGCGUAACAGUGCCUUAGACUCUGAAAAGGACAUCUUUAAUGCUACUAAUAAUACAGUGAGGACUUGCCCUGUGUGUCGCAAGCUAUCAUAUUUUGUAAUUCCAAGUCCUAUAUGGUACUCCACAAUGGAAGAAAAGCAGGAAAUUAUCAAUAACUACAAGGCAAAUUGCAAGUUGAUUGAUUGCAAGCAUUUUGACUUUGGAAAUGGGAACUGUCCAUUUGGAGCUAGGUGUUUCUACAAGCAUACCGUGAAGCCUGGCUCGGUGACAUGGAGACAUGGUAGGCCACCACCUCCUCGCCGCUGCAGAGCAAACAAUAAAAUGGACAUGUGUGACAUGAUAGAAAUGCUCAGUGAAUUUGAUUUACAAAGUGGAGAAUUCUACAACAUCAUGCGGGACACUGAGUGUUUCGAAGACAUGGAUCCUUUGGAGAUAAUGGCUAUAUCAGAUAUGCUUGGUUCAGGACCCGGGUUUUUCGGUGACGAAGAUUCUGAUGAUGAAGAAAUGGGGUUUUUUGAGAUGGGCGCAUUAUCAGCAUCGUUGGAAUACCCUUUUGAGGAUUUGAACGUUGAUGAAUUAAAACCUUCGGAAGCAGCAUUUUUAUCAAUGAUGAUGCGAGCUAACAUGGAAGAAGAUAGUGAAGAGGAGGAGGAUGACUGACUAGUCUUAGCGAGUUUAUUUAAUGCUCAUGAUUAGCUAGGUUUUGGAAUUGAAUGCGUGGCAAGUUGGCAGCUAUCUUUUAAUUUGGAAAAUCUCAGUUGUAACUGAAGGUUCUUGGCUCUUACACUGUAAUUUGGAUAUCUAUAGUUCUUUUGGAUCCUUUGCCGGUUUGUAUAACUGGCUAGUCUCAUGCUUUUUUUGAAGAUGUGAUUUGUGCCAGCCUCUUUCUACAGGUUGAGAUUUCAUGCGGCAGGGUUCUUUAAUCCUCUAAGGUGGGCUUUGGUAUGUGAAUUUUCAAUUUAUCUUGUAAAGAUGGGUUAUUCAAGCAAUGCAAACUUGGUUCAUAUAUGAAAUGGUUAUAUUAGGAUCACUAUGCUUA